AUGCGUUUACCCUCCUUAAUUCCCCUCUCCCUGCUAGCUGGCCUCACGGCUGGUCAGCUCAUUGGCCCGGUCGGUCCAACAACCAAUCUUGAAGACAAGACCAUUGAGUGCAACAUCCUAGAUUAUGGUGGUGUUGCCGAUAAUCAGACCGAUGUUGCAGCAUCCAUUGAAGCCACUUUCGGCGAAUGUGUGCUGAACAACCCCAAAAGUCGUCUUGUUAUCCCCGAAGGCAACUAUCUGAUCAAGCGAAGUGUUGUUUUGAGUAAUGGAACCAAUUGGGCAUUCCAGCUUGACGGUCUGAUCACCACGGCAUAUGGUGGAAACUGGACAGUCGACCGUGAGUUGAUACUCCAAGGGUUUGCUGGAGAGCAAAUAAUAAACUCUACUAUCAACGGCGAGGGUGACGGAAAAUUCUUACUAGAUGUGCUCGUCAUUGUGAACGCUGUCGAUUUCGAAUUCUAUUCUUCCAACGGGCUUGGUGCAUUUCAAGGACAAGGAUAUAUCUAUCGAAACUUGGAAAAUACCGACCGCCCUCGACUUGUGAGGCUUAUUUCGCCCACGAAUGCCUCUGUGCAUGAUUUGAUCCUUGUGGAUAGUCCCAAGUUCCACAUCGUCUUUGAUUUCGCUGUGAACUUGGAGGCAUACCACCUUACCAUCCGCGGUGCUAAUCUAGGAAGCUACGAUGGGAUUGAUGCCAUCGGCACCAACUAUUACAUCCACGAUAGCGAGGCAAGUAGAAAGUCCAUAUCUCCAUGA